AUGGGAAAGAGUGAUAGCGCACGCGGUGCGUCCAUGCGUGGGGAAGGAACAACAAAUCGUGGAAAAAGCUCCACUUUAGUAUCUAGAGAUUCACACCACCAGUCAAUAGAAAGUAGCGUAAAUAAAAAUUCCAAUAUCAUGAAAGAAUCAAAAGCAACAGUAAAAGGGAGCAAACCGAAGGGCGCGAGAUCAACAAAGUCGGAUCCUACACCUUCUUUCAGUAAAACUACUGAAGUUGAUGGUGAUGAUGGUGGGCUUGGGCUUAUAGAGCGGGAAAUGGAACAAGCGUUGAAGGGAAUAGAUGGAAACGAAGGAACCGAGCAGGUCAAAAGAUUCAUCUUGGGCGGUUGUUCGAGCAAGCGUUGCUUUGAGGUGAUAAUGACACGUGCUGUAAUGAAGAAAUUGAUCAGAGCAAAGGAAAAGGGCGCGGCCAUGAAAUUAAAGAUAUCAGAUAAUAUUGAAAUUAGUCUCGGCGGAAAAAAUAAAAUCUCAUUUUCAAAAAAUGUGCCCGAUCGAAUGUCAACGAUAUUAGCUUUAAAUGGAGAUGAUAUGGAGGUUGUCGGAGAUGUCACCCAACAGGUGAUCAGCACCAAAGAGACAAAUCAUGAUGCGAGACUUGAAUGCCUUAUACCCGAUCCGGAAGUGUCCAAACAAAAACGUCCGAAGUUGAAGAAAAAGGACAAAGAUUCGACUACGAAAAUAGUCACAUAUAUAGGACCCGGGGAACCGCCCCCAAGGUUUUCCAUUGGGAACGAUGAUGAUCCAGGAGUUCCAUUGAAGAAAAGGGUGAUUCAUCUUGUUGCACUGGAGGAAUUAAAUACGGAACAAAUAGCGAGCAGGGUCCAAGAUAAUGUACAAAAUGUUCAAAAAAUAUUGAAUGAGACUGCAAGUUUAAAAGGAGACGCCUGGAAACUUAAAACGGAAACAUUGUUGACACUCGAACCCUACAACUUUGCGAUGUAUGACACUUCGAAGAUUAACAAAGUGGUUUCGAUGAUGAAUGAUGCGGCCGACAAAUUAGGAUAUCCGCAAGAUUCACCUGUACGACCGCGUCCACCGAAGCAAAUAGCACUUAAUAAACACCAAAAUCCUGCACCAAUUGAAUCCAACGUGCCAAGUAAGCGACCAAGAAUUGAAACUUCACCAAGUUCCAGCACAUCCAAAUCUGUGACGCAACCUGCGAGUAAUAGAGGAGGAAAAACGACCGUUCAUGUUAAUAAUGGUGGGAAAACAAAAGGGAGAGGAUCCAAAACCAGUAAUGCCAACAAUACCUUAUCGGCACAACCUUCCACAGAGGUAUCAGAUGAUAUCUUGGAUCCUGCGGCUAAAGCUAAUAAUACUGUUCGCGGAGGGCAUGCAUCUCGGGGAGGAAAGUCGACACGGCCUCGCGGAGUAAAGACGAUCACCGAUCAAUCAGCAGGCCACGCAAAUCAGACAAACACAUCCACACGAGGAAGGAGGGGUAGACCUGUUGGGUCGAAAAAUUCUACAUCUCGCAAGAUAAAAACGACAAGUCAAAAAACCACGGCACCAUCCAGAGAAGUGACGACGAUACGAGCCAUGACAACUUCCGCUGUCAACGUAUCGGGCGAAUUGCCGCCCGUAAAAAAAAGCAGCAAUGUCUCCAAGCGGAGUCCACGUCACGUUGAGACGAUGAGUGAAUUCAGAGAGUUGCUUAAUCGCUUCAACGAAAAGUUGAAGGCAUAUUAUGAGUUAGAUGCGCGACUCGAGAGGCAUGUUGAAGCAGCAAAUGAAAUACAAGCCGACAUUCAUAAUCCCCAUUUAUCUGUCAACAAUGAGCGUAUUAUGGAGAAGUUUAAGAAUCUAUUUGAUGAGGGAACCGAGGUUUAUAAAGAAAUCGAAAUGUUUAAUUCCUUAGAGGAGGAAUUAAAGAUGAUGGUUGAAGAGGGUAUUCGUGCAGCCAAAGAGGGCGUCUAUGACGAUUCCUAUUAUCUGAGCGCCGCCUCGGUCACAAACGGAAGCACGGUUUUACCUCCUGGGGAAUUAUAUUUUUCCAAAUUCUCGGAAAACAUCGGUUUCCUGUAUACCGCGGCUGAACCUGACUCCGGUGACAUUCAGUGGUAUCUUUACACCAUGCCCACCGCACUCAACGAUCGACGCAUAACUCUUCAACGAAGUGGAGCCAUGCAAAACACCGGAGGAGAUCGGGUCAAAUACGUUGCAUUCCCGACGUCGUCAGGGGAUUAUUGUUUGGUCGUAGCGCGUUCCUACAACUUGAUCAAAUCAUUUAAUAGCUCUCAGGCACUUUCUGUGGAUGUAACAUUGGAAGAGCACCUGAAGAUUUAUGCCAAUUUCAUAUAUUCUUCGGAAAGUGGAAACGUCGUGCCAAUCCUCUUGUAUACGAGUCCCGUUCAAGAUUUGGAUUUUUUCGCGAUGAAUUGUGGCGUUGAGGCCGUGGACACUUUGGUGACAAAUACUCUGAGUUUUAACAUUACGUCAACGGAUUACCUCUAUCUGGCAACUGUUCAUAGACCUCGGACGGUAGGGCAGAAUGUAUAUGGGUACAUCCUAAAUGCAACCGGAAAUCUUGUGGAUGAGUGGUCAUUGCCCCAACCAUUUCGAGUGAAUUCUACGGGAGAUUUGUAUGGAGUGCAACCAAAUAAUUCGAUUGUCUAUGCGCAACAGUUUAACGCGUCGAGUUGGUCUUUGAGCUCCGCGAAUAUACCGGACAUUUCGAUGUUCAAUGACAGCGGCUAUUUCAAUCCACAGAUCAUUUCCACGUAUCCACCGAUCGAUAGUUCAAUUCCGUUAAGGGUCAACUCGAUCAACAUCACAUACAAGCAACCAGUCUCUUUCUCCACGGGAAACAUCGAUAUAUUUCAAUUGAGCGGGUCAUACGGUGAAAGCCUGCUUCGUCAGGCUUAUUCGGCCUCCUCAAUAUAUUGUAAUCAAACAGCGGAUUUCACGACGAUCACGUGUCAAGUAUUGAAUAGCACAUUUAAUAAGCCAGACACCACCUACUACGUGGUGAUAGAGUCCGAUUUUGUUCGUCUUAAUUCCACCUCGGAACCAUUACUGGGUGUUCGGAAAUUAGUUUGGAAAUUUACCACAAAUGAAAUUACACCGGAGGAGGUUGACGUCGCCACAAGAAGCAUCGUUCGUCUGAGCCCUUUGGGAACAGGAAUAUUUGAAAACUUGACGCAUUCGGAGAAAGACGAUGAGAUCGGCGUUCCGAGGGAAGGAAUCAAAAGAGAUAACGACGGAUUUGGUAAAGGCGAUCAACCCUACAUCAUUUUCGACACCAGUAACAUUGAUAAAAAUGACGUUACGAAAGACACCUCAGGAGGACCUGCUAUCAUGAAAUCCUCCACAAUCAGUUGA